CAUAUCGCAGCCCAAACCUUUGCUCGAAGGAUAUAUUUAGCAUCAUCGCUCGCUGCUGCUAUAACCCUCUGCCCCUUCUCGUACAGCAGCAAUGAAGGCCGUCCAUGUGAUCCUGUUCGCGGCGCUGGCUACCUUGUGUGCCGCCCGCGAGCUGAAGCAGGCGACCACCGGCAGGGUGACGUUCUUCGACAACACCAACUAUAGCGGCGGUGGCCAGGCUUUCGAGGCCAGGGUGCCGGCGUCAGGCUGCGGCGACUGUAACGACCUGAACUUCGUCAGGACGAACUCCUGGGAGUCGUACACCAGCAAUGCAGGAAACUACAUCGUUCUGUACGAUGGCCACUUCUGCACAGGCACGGCCUCCGGACAGCUGCCCGCCAAGCAAGGCCCCAUCAGAGGCAGCCUGGCUGAUUCUGUGGAUUCCUUCAAGCUCUGCAACUGAUCGCAAGUUGCAGUUGAAGUCCAAGCGGGUGCAUGUGAGCCAGAGUGUUGACUCAGCGAAGGCUGCGGCACUGGCCGAGUCAUUGGCAAAACUGCAGAGUUAGAAGUCCAUCAGUGUUUGGCAUUGCGGCCACUGACUGGUUCUUGCGUGGGAGGUGAUCAUUAGUUAGCCUCUCUGCAGUCAUCUGUAGAUCUGGUCAAGAUUUCCUUCCAAAUUUAAGUGUAUCUGAAGUUAUUUGUCAGAGCUCUGGAAGUCUUUGUAGCAGAGGACACCCCGGUAUGUGGGCCUAGAGGGUGACUGACACAAACAAAACAGAUGUGAUGUGUCAUUCUUCUGGCGGUGCCCUAAUUAAGGCUGGGAAGUGGCUUUGCUCGGUUUUGAUUUGCUUUGGGUUGCAUUGUCGCACACUCCACCAUGUGUACUUCUGCAAAGAGUGCGAGCUGUUGUGUAGUUAAUUCUCUUUCAAGUUC